GCUUCCCGCCGCGCCGCUUCCCGCCGCAGCCCGAGCGCGUCCGGUUAAGGCUGCCGGGGCCCAGCUGUGCUCACAUGGACGGGACGGAGACCCGGCAGCGGAGGCUGGAGGAGCUGGGGCUGCUACACGCCCUCAGCACAGGAAGACUCCCCACAGUCUCGGAAGAUGGACUGCUGAGUGUCCCUGAGAGCCAGAGGGCAGCCCCUAAACCUCUGGGGCCUGAGCUCAGUGGGGAGACUGCCUUGUCCAUCGGCCUCCAGGUGACAGUGCCCUUCCUGCUUGCAGGCCUGGGAUUGUCCGGGGCAGGCAUCCUUCUGAACUAUUUCCAGCACUGGCCCGUGUUCACGGAGGUGAAGGACCUGCUGACCUUGGUGCCGCCCCUGGUGGGCCUGAAGGGCAACCUGGAGAUGACACUGGCCUCGCGGCUCUCCACCGCGGUGGUCCCCUUCCUCUGUGAAGACGUCCUGAUGUGCUGUGUCCUAGGCACCGGGAGGAGGGCGAUGCAGCUGAGGUGCUGCAGGGGGUGGGCCCCCCGGAGCCCGAGGCUGGAGAGAGAGGCCAACACCGGGCAGAUCGACGACCCCCGGGAGCAGCACAGAGUCGUCGGCAGCAACCUCGCGCUCAUCCAGGUGCAGGCCACCGUCGUGGGGCUCCUGGCCGCCGUGGCGGCCCUGCUGCUGGGCGCGGCGUCGGGGCAGGAGCUGGAUGCAGUGGAGGCGGAGGUGCUGUGCGCCAGCAGCGUCGUCAGCGCCUCUCUGGCGGCCUUCGCCCUGGGGGUGCUGAUGGUCUGCAUAGUGAUCGGAGCGCGGAAGCUCGGGGUGAACCCGGACAACGUCGCCACGCCCAUCGCGGCCAGCCUGGGCGACCUCAUCACCUUGUCGCUCCUGGCUCUCGUCAGCAGCUUCUUCCACAGACACAGAGACAGUCAGUACCUGACACCGCUGGUCUGCGUGGGCUUCGCGGCCCUGACCCCCGUGUGCGUUCUCAUCGCCAAGCAGAACCCGCCCGUCGUGAGGACCCUGAAGUUCGGGUGGUUCCCGAUCGUCCUGGCGAUGCUGCUCAGCAGUCUCGGGGGGCUCACCUUGAACAAGACCAUCUCCAAGCAGCCGUUUCAGGGCAUGGCCGUGUUCGCCCCCGUCAUCUGCGGUGUCGGUGGCAACCUGGUGGCCAUUCAGACCAGCCGGGUGUCCACGCGCCUGCACCUGCAGAGCACACCUGGCGUCCUGCCCCUCUGGAUGAAGAAAUGCUGGCCUAACCCCCGUGCCACCUUCUGCAGCUCAGAAACCAACUCCGCCUCUGCCCGCGUCCUGCUCCUGCUGGUGGUUCCGGGCCACCUCCUCUUCUUCUCCAUCAUCUACCUGGUGGAAGGCCAGUCAGUCCCCAACGACAGAACCUUCGUGCUGCUCUACCUGCUGGCAGCCCUGCUCCAGGUGACCAUCCUGCUAUACCUGGCAGAAGUGACGGCUCGGCUGACGUGGCACCAGGCCCUGGACCCCGACGACCACUGCAUCCCCUACCUCACGGGGCUGGGGGACCUCCUCGGGACCGGCCUCCUGACACUCUGCUUCCUUGGCCACUGGCUACUGAGGGACGAAGCGGGGCUGGACGGCACCUUGGAACCAGCGCCUGGACCUUCCUAA